UGAGCUGCAGGAUUAGUUUUCCUUUUUUGUUUACUGUAUUGUCAUAGUCCUGACAUGGUUUAGGGAAUUUUUUUUUAUGUACGUGUACUGUUAAUAUAUUUAUCUCCAGCUGAACUCCAGUUCCUUCCCCAAUCUUGCAUUCAGAUUGUCCAUUAACAGUACUGAGCCUAGAGACUGAAACUGAAUGAUCUCUGACUGUAGUGUUGGGGAUAUGUUCUCAUUAUAGUAGGGUGACUCGUCUGGAGGGGUAUAGAUGGCACACGGGUAAGUAUCGUCAUCAAAACAAAUGAACAAAUCCUUAAGUUCUAUCCAAAUAUGUGUCCUGCCCUUUUUUUUUUUUUACUGGCAGAAUGUAAUGCCAAAGGUCAUAAUUUAAACCAAACAAUAAUUCCUCCUGAAUCCCUGCCACUUUUGACAUGAGGGUUUUUUAUGGAUGGUAUAUAUAUAAUUCUCUGUAGUUUGAUUCCAGUCAUAUGAUCAUAUCUAAACUAUAUACAAUAUUUGCAAAGUCGGGGUUAGUGCUUUUUUCUCCAGAAGAAGAAGAGAACAUUUCCCGGAUGUUGUAGCAUGUGAUUUUUAAUGAUGAUAUUGUGAAUUUUCAACCCAACUGUGUUACGAGAAAUACCAUUUACGUUAAAUGGGAGGGGAAAAAACAUUGAUGAAAAAUACAUUAGAAUAUUAAUUGCAGAACAGAACGAGGGAAGAUAUGUACAGAUGCUCAUGGGUGAUCCACUGAUGGUUUGCACAUUUGACAUUGGUGCACAGAUUCGUAUUGUCUCUGAAUUAAUUAUAUUAAGUGUUUUGAGGUAUUACUGUGAGCCGAAAGAGCAGAAAAGAUAUCUAGCCAAAAAAAAAAAAAAAAAUCCAGGGAAUGUUCUCUUCAUUUUUAAUAAGUUAAUCAGUAUCUCGGCAGGUUCACAGGAGAGCGUGAGGUGGGACACCAGAGCUUCUUCACCACCCUCCCUGUAAACAACCUUCUCUGGUCGAGGUGUUUUCCUUUUGCGUCACAAAGAAUGACUGUGCUGUUCUUUCUCCUCUGCUCUCAGUUGCUUCUUGUUGGUGGUGUUAUGACUAUUGUCAUGGAGAAGAACAUCACCUUGUCCUGCAAAAACAUUUCUGCAGGAGAUGGUUACACCUACCGAGUGUCACCUGAUAUAUUGUCUGCCUUACUCCAUGACGAGGACUGUGAGCAGGCAUGGUACAAUGAGACUGGGGAAUUUGUAUCAGAUGGACAACUUCAUGCAAAUCAGUCUAAGCACCAUCUGGUUGUUGAUGCAAACAGAGAAAAUAUUACAGUCUCUGAGUGCAUCAAGCUUCAGCAUCAUGUGACCUGUCAUGGAUCGAGUAAAGAGUGGAAACACUUUUACCAAGUGAAUAAUGACACCAGCUCACCAGCUCCCAUUACUGCACAGCAAUCUCAUCAUCUUCUCCGUCGUCAUUCCCGUCAUUCUGCUUGGACUCCUGGUCUGGUGCUGCAAACAGCCAAGGCGGAGAGAUGGAGUCAGAGAUUGGUGCGUGGAGACCGGAGGAGAUCUGAGCAUGGCCGCAGGCAACGAGCAGAUGAGGAGAGCCGCAUGAACCCUGGUGAUGUGAGAGCUAACGGCUGUGUGAACGGUGAAGAAGCUCAAGCACUCAAAGACAACGUCACUACAGAGUAUGAGUUACCCUUAACUUCUGCACGUAGAUAAACAGGAUUGAGGGAAAUGAACAGUGCUAGAUGGAUGGUGAUGAGUGAGGAGUCUCCGAGAGCGAGUGAGGAUUACAGUGUCUACUUCUGCCGUUUCAAAUCUGCACUUUAUCUGUUUCUGCACUUCAGCAUUUCUAAAUCCUAAGACCUUGCAAUUAUAGAGCUGUAAUUUUUCUGUAGGCCAAAUUUUUUAAUCAUGUCAAAUCAGAGAAAAUCAUUUUUUACGUCACUUACAUUUUUGCUACAAAAGUAUAAAUAUAUUUUCCUAUGUAUUACUUGUUAUUGAUAUGCCAUCAAUGUAUUUUUGCCAAAGAAAGUUAAAGAUAAAACAUCACAAGCCAAAGAACCCCAAGCCAAAGAUUUUUUUAAAAACACUUUUUAGUUUCUUUUCUGAAUUUUAAAGCACUAUAUAUUCUUCUGCACUUUUGUAAUGCUUUGCCCUUUGUGUGUGUCUGUGUCUGUAUGUGUGUAUUCCAUUAUAGUCCCCUAAGCUAGACUGUGAAAUCACCUUGUGCGGCAUAUUUCCCUUAAAGGUUUCCACUAAACACUCUUUCAGCUCCCAGAAUAAAAGCAGUCCUUCGAGCCGGAUUCGAACCAGCGACCUAAGGAUGACCAUCUUACACACCUACAGUCCUCCGCUCUACCAACUGAGCUAUCGAAGGAGUUCAUGUUUAAAGGUCAGGAUGAUUGAGUCUGCAGGUUCAUACAGAAUAUUACACAAGGCUCAUGAACACCAUCUUCAGUUAGUGUAGCCUACUGAAGAAUCCUGACGUACGUGUAUAUGAGGUUUUACGGUAACCAUCAGGCACCUGGUGGGGAAAAAAGCUUCACUCUUAAUUAAUUAACCAACUAUUAAUUACUUUCUUAUUAAAUUACAAUAACUAGAUGAAACAGACUUAGCAUUAAUAUAUAAUGUAUUUCAUCUAGUUAUUGUAAAUUAAAUAAUCAUUAUCAAAAAAUAAAUAAUUAUUGUAAUUUUUGUAACAGCAUUUUGAAAAUAAUUUACAUAAAAAUUGAUUGUUUUAGUUGAACAAAUUGUGCAAACCGAAAACUACAGUCUAGUAAAAAGAUGUUGAGUACAGUAAUUAAUGAUGAAGUGGGCAUUUUUUGGUGUCCAUGAUGUAAUUAAAUGGACAGGCGUUAGUUUGUUUACCGUAAAAUCUCAUAUAGAUGCGCACACCACUUUCUACUGUGGUAAAUUUAAUUCUCAGUGUUCCAGACAUUAAAGCUAUUUCUACCUAUUCUUCGUUUUUCGAUUAUGUAACCUUCUAGAAAUAAAAUGAGAAAAAGAAGUGCAAAUCUGGUUUUAUAAGAUAAAAUAUCGCAUCAUUAUUAGCAUUUAGCAUCUGAAUGAUUUUCAGUGGAAUUGCCAUAGAGGUAGGAUAUACUGUAUCAUGGAAACGAUAGGUUGAUGGUACACUUUAAAUCAUUAAAAUAACAAAUGUGGGUCAUCACCGCUUCUGCUGUCGCAUUUAUCAGUUUAACUGUACAGAUGAAACUAAUUUUAUUUAUUCUUUCCCUGAAAUUAAUUCCUGGCUACACUACUGGCUAUUGGUACUGGUGUAUUUUUCCAUUCCUCAUUAAAAACUGAAAUCUUAUGAUGUUUUACUGACAUCUUGUGGUGAAACACUGCAUCUAUAGUUCAUCUCACAGGAGUGAAUAUUGAUUUAUUCUCAUUCUUCUGCUAAAGUUACCUGAAGUUAAAGUGCUGACCUUUUUACACCACCAAGUUUUGGAGUUUGUUGUUAGGCUUUGCUCACAAUUCUGACUUUUUAAUCUAUUAAAUAAUGCUAUUAAUUUAAAUGCAUUCACAUGAUCUCCUUCGAUUAUGUUCACAUCAGUCUUAUUUCUACAUCAAUGUAUAAAUUUACUUUUAUAGUAUAAUGCCUUAAAUUUACAUUUAAAUCGCUUCAAAGUGACCUAAAGGCUGUGAGAGUGUUGUACAGGAUAUCAGCUACAGGUUGUUAGUGUUACAGAGCACUUGGUCCUCGCUGCACUUCUUCUCAUUUGCAUAGAGGGCGUGGUCACCACUAAGGGGGUUGGUCACCCGUGUGGAGAUGUAGUUCUUUCCCUUAAACUUGUAAAACAGCCUGGGCUGUGACUUGUGU